CCCAGGGAGAGAUCUGGCUUGUGAUGUGGCAGUUACAGCUGUGUGCUGGGACAGUUGGCAGUUGAAUGGCGGCCAUCUUAGCAAGUUGUACGGACAGGAGGAGCUGAGAGAAAGGAGUAGCUACACAGGCAGCGGCCAAGAGAGAGAACAUUCCCCUUUUUCUUAAUAACAGUUGCUUAAUGCCCUAUAUCCCUAUUGGAUACAGCCAGAAUAAGAUUGCAAUUUGACAUUAAGGAAAGCUUAAAAAGUAGCAGUAAGUUUCUCUGAGUAGACUUCUUCUAACUAGUCUGUGGAAGCGCGAAGAAACCUGUGGUAAAGAACAAAGAAACCUAACCUACAGGAAUCUUCUUUCCUGCAGUUGUCUAAAGUGAAAUAACAGAUAAGUAAUCUGAAUAGAUAGCCAAUACUUGAUAUAAAAAAGCUACUAACAAAUUAAGAACUAUAAGUUGGAGGGGAUAUUGCUGCUGCUGUUGUCAUCAUCAUCAUCAUCAUCAUCAACUAUCCACGCCUCCAGUACCAGUAGAAGUGUACCUCAGUAGGCAUUAUCAGAAUUUGUACCAAAACAGGUUCCUCGGACUGGCUGCCAUGGCUUCGCCAUCGAGGAAUUCUCAAAACAGGCGCCGGUGUAAAGAACCGAUGAGGUACAGCUACAAUCCUGAUCAGUUUCAUAAUAUGGACAUCAGGAAUAGUCCACAUGAAGGAGUAACCAUACCACGGUCCACAAGUGACACUGACCUAGUCACUUCAGAUAGUCGCUCAACUCUGAUGGUCAGUAGCUCCUACUACGCAAUAGGACACUCCCAGGACCUUAUUAUUUAUUGGGAUAUAAAGGAAGAGGUGGAUGCUGGAGAUUGGAUUGGCAUGUAUCUAAUUGAUGAAGUGCUAUCAGAAAACUUUCUGGAUUACAAGAACCGUGGUGUGAAUGGCUCUCACAGAGGGAAGAUUGUCUGGAAGAUUGAUGCCAGCUCUUACUUUGUGGAACCUGAAACAAAGAUCUGUUUUAAGUAUUACCACGGUGUGAGCGGAGCUCUGCGCGCUACAACUCCCAGCAUCACUGUGAAAAAUCCAUCUGCCCCCGUCUUCAAAAACAUUAACAAUGAAGACACAUCACAUGCGCAAGGUAGCCGCAGGCUCAUCAGUUUUACGCUGUCUGACUUUCAAGCUUUGGGUUUAAAAAAAGGGAUGUUCUUCAAUCCAGACCCAUACCUGAAAAUAUCCAUCCAGCCGGGGAAACACAGCAUCUUUCCUGCUCUUCCUCACCAUGGCCAGGAGAAGAGGUCAAAGAUUAUAUGCAACACAGUCAACCCUGUCUGGAAAAGAGAGCUGUUCAGCUUUGUGUCCCUUCCAACUGAUGUCUUAGAAAUUGAAGUAAAGGAUAAAUUUGCAAAGAGCCGUCCAAUCAUCAAAAGAUUUCUGGGAAAGCUGUCCAUGCCAGUGCAGCGGCUCCUUGAAAGGCAUGCCAUUGGGGACCGUGUUGUCAGCUACACCCUGGGACGGAGGCUGCCUACGGAUCAUGUCAGUGGACAGUUGCAGUUCCGAUUUGAGAUAACAUCAUCUAUUCACCCUGAUGAUGAAGACAUCUCUAUCACUGCAGACCCUGAUCCAGUUCUGAAUGAAAGUCCAUUACGUCACCCAGUUGAAGUGCUUUCCAAUGAGCCCCAGAGGAGAACAUCAGUUGCCACUGAGAACCCAACAUCUGAAUUGCCAAAUGGAUUCAUUUCUAGAGUUGCUCAUGAUAAGCGCUCUGCAAUUGACACUAGAUCAAUAAGUCAGAACAGUUUUCAUAAAUCAGUAAUAGGGAACACAGGUGCUUGUGCUGUUUCAGCCCAUACCAUUGAAAGCUUAGACAGUAGUCUAGCUGAUGUGAUUUUGCCAGAUUCUGAGCAAGAGCCAGCACCAUGUGUGACCCCUGUGACUGAAGCCAAAGUAGAGAGUGCUGUAGACCCUAAUACUGCAAGGGACGAAGACGGCACAUGUGUAAUAAAUGCAGAAGGUGCAAGAACGUUAUUGGAAGCCAACAAGGAGCAAGAAAAAGAUCUUUCAGAGCCAGAAGAGAUCUGUCACCAACAGGACAAUGAACCUAAACUGAGAAAUACUGUAAAGAGAAAGACUAGGCCGUGCUCUCUGCCUGUCUCUGAAUUAGAAACUGUCAUAGCAUCAGCUUGUGGAGAGCCUGAAACUCCUCGUACUCACUACAUCAGGAUUCAUAAUUUAUUACACAGUCUGCCUUCAGCUCAGAUGAUUGGUGAUGGAGAAGAAGAGGAGGAGCAAAACAGUGCAGAUAUUGAUGAAGAAUCAACAGUGAAGGAGAUGUCUGAGAAGGACAUUGUGAGUGAAACAGAAACAAUGGUGGCAGAUCCUUCGCUUGAAAUUGUAGCAGAUGAAGGUGAUGACCUAGAAAACAGUACUUUGCCUCUUGAUAGCUCCAAUGAUCACCUUCCUGGUUGUAACCAUCUCUGUGUUGAUGGAGAGUUUAAUAGAACUGAGAGUGAAAGUGACUCUAGUCCGAGGGUUCAUGGGGACCAUGAUUGUGACACUUGUGACACCUCAUGUUAUAGUACUUCCUGUUAUAGCACCUCCUGCUACAGUACCUCUUGUUAUAGUCCCUCCUGUUAUGAUAGCCACAACCGAUUCUCCAGCCACACCCGUUUCUCUUCUGUGGACAGUGCCAGAAUUUCUGAAAGUACUGUCUUCUCCUCUCAAGAUGAUGAGGAGGAGGAAAACAGCGCAUUUGAAUCCAUGCCUGAUUCUAAUCAAAGCCCAGAGCCAGACAGGGACCAUGGCGAUGGUUCAAUCCAAUGGUCUGAUGAUAUCUCUAGUCAAAGUAUUAACUCAGAAAGGACUCCUGGUGCCCCAGAAUCUCCAGUUGCAGGGCCAAGCAGCAGGAGAGAAGGGGAUUGUCCCUUACCACAUAAUGUGCCACCUGUUAGUCAGCUGCCUUCUCUCAGGACGGAUCAUCAUCACUACCCCACCAUUGACGAGCCUCUCCCACCAAACUGGGAAGCUCGUAUCGAUAGCCAUGGCAGAGUGUUUUAUGUGGAUCAUGUAAACCGAACCACAACUUGGCAGAAGCCUACAACAGCUGCAACGCCGGAUGGAAUUAGUAGGUCUGGUUCCAUCCAGCAGAUGGAGCAAUUAAACCGUAGGUAUCAAAAUAUUCAGAGAACAAUUGCAACGGAGAGGCCAGAGGAAGAAUUUGUUGGUCGAGGUGACAGACUUCCUGACGUCGGUGACUCAGAGACUGACCUCUCCCAGCCAAACCCAGAGCUAAGAGGAGACACAACCUUAACACCUAUAAAUCCCCAGAAAAUUACCUUAUUGCUACAGUCUCCAGCUGUCAAGUUUAUAACCAAUCCUGAGUUUUUUACCGUGCUGCACGCAAACUAUAGUGCCUACAGAGUCUUCACUAACAGCACCUGCUUGAAGCACAUGGUUCUGAAAAUCCGCAGGGAUGCCAGGAAUUUUGAGCGCUAUCAGCACAACAGGGACUUGGUGAACUUCAUUAAUAUGUUUGCUGACACCAGGCUGGAGUUACCGCGUGGCUGGGAAAUUAAAACUGAUCAACAAGGAAAGUCCUUCUUUGUAGAUCAUAAUAGUCGAGCAACAACAUUUAUUGAUCCAAGAAUCCCUCUUCAAAAUGGCUGCCUUCCAAAUCAUUUGACGCAUAGGCAGCAUCUUCAGCGGCUUAGAAGUUACAGUGCUGGAGAGGCUUCAGAAGUUUCCAGAAACAGAGGGGCUUCUCUAUUAGGCAGACCAGGCAAUAGUUUGGUAUCAGCAAUCAGAAGUCAGCAUCAGCAGGAAACAGUACCUCUAGCUUAUAAUGACAAGAUUGUUGCAUUCUUGCGACAGCCAAACAUUUUUGAGAUGCUCCAAGAACGCCAGCCAAGCUUAGCAAGAAAUCAUGCACUCAGGGAGAAGAUCCAUUAUAUUAGAACAGAGGGCACUCAUGGACUUGAGAAAUUGUCUUGUGAUGCUGAUUUAGUUAUUCUUCUAAGCCUAUUUGAAGAAGACAUCAUGUCAUACAUCCCACUCCAGGCAGCCUUCCAUCCAGGAUAUAGCUUUUCUCCCCGCUGCUCCCCAGGCACCUCCCCCCAGAAUUCUCCAGGGCUUCAGCGAGCCAGUGCAAGAGCUCCCUCCCCAUACAGAAGAGAUUUUGAAGCCAAGUUAAGAAACUUCUACAGAAAACUAGAAGCAAAAGGGUAUGGACAAGGCCCAGGGAAAAUAAAGCUUAUAAUACGUCGUGAUCAUCUUUUGGAAGGCACAUUUAACCAAGUUAUGGCUUACUCACGGAAAGAACUUCAGAGGAACAAACUAUAUAUAACAUUCGUAGGAGAGGAGGGCCUGGAUUACAGUGGUCCAUCAAGAGAGUUCUUUUUUCUCCUCUCCCAAGAGCUCUUCAAUCCAUAUUAUGGACUAUUUGAGUAUUCAGCGAAUGACACAUAUACUGUUCAGAUCAGUCCAAUGUCUGCAUUUGUGGAAAACCAUCUUGAAUGGUUCCGAUUUAGUGGGCGUAUCCUUGGCCUUGCUCUUAUUCACCAGUAUCUUCUGGAUGCCUUCUUCACACGACCAUUCUAUAAGGCCCUCCUCAGACUUCCCUGUGAUCUCAGUGAUCUGGAAUACUUGGAUGAAGAGUUCCACCAGAGCUUGCAAUGGAUGAAGGACAAUGAUAUCACAGACAUCUUGGACCUGACAUUCACAGUAAAUGAGGAAGUGUUUGGUCAGGUCACAGAGAGAGAGCUGAAGUCAGGGGGAGCAAAUAUACAAGUUACAGAAAAAAAUAAGAAAGAAUAUAUAGAGAAAAUGGUGAAGUGGCGAGUGGAGCGGGGGGUCGUUCAACAGACUGAAGCCCUUGUCCGGGGCUUUUAUGAGGUUGUAGACUCUAGACUUGUAUCAGUGUUUGACGCUAGAGAGCUGGAACUAGUCAUCGCUGGGACUGCUGAGAUAGACCUUAAUGACUGGCGCAAUAACACAGAAUACAGAGGAGGGUACCACGAUGGGCACAUUGUCAUCCGCUGGUUCUGGGCAGCUGUGGAGAGAUUUAACAAUGAGCAGAGGUUACGGCUCUUGCAGUUUGUCACUGGAACGUCUAGUGUUCCGUAUGAAGGGUUUGCAGCUCUAAGAGGGAGCAAUGGGCUGAGGCGUUUUUGUAUAGAAAAAUGGGGGAAAAUAACAUCUCUUCCAAGGGCACACACAUGCUUCAAUCGCCUGGAUCUUCCACCAUACCCAUCUUACUCCAUGUUACAUGAAAAGUUGUUGAUAGCCGUUGAAGAGACAAGCACCUUUGGACUUGAAUGAGCAGAUGCAAGAAAGUCUCCUAUUUUCCUGACUGACUCCACCUUCCUUUUCCACAGACACAGGUUGUCGUUGUGGUCUUGUUUUCACACUGCAUUUUUAUUUAUUUAUUCCUUUGGCGUUCUUGUUACAAAAGAAGCUACUUAGAAACGUGCAUGGGGAACUGGUUCCCUCCAAGACCUUAUCUUUGUGCUUUCCUUCUUCAGAUUUCAGCAAUCUACAAAGCCGUAUGCAAUAUAGAAAAUAACAACCGGACUCAAGGCUCUGUAUAUCUGUGCAUACCUCCAAAAUAAAGAUACAACACAGCUGCAUAUAUUAAUGCUCUGAUCUAA